AUGAACUCAACCGACACCGCGCAUUCUUCCGCUUCCCCUCCCAUAGGAAUUUCUCAUUCUCUCAUGGACAAAUUCUUCGUUCUCGCCGACGAGCGUGGUCCCCGCUAUUCCUCCUCCUGGACAUAUCAUCUCAACCGCAUCAUAAUCAUCUACAAACCACAAAACGCCCAAAGUCUAUUUCGGGUUCCUGACGAAUUCUGUGCCAAUAUGCUCAGAUAUCCGUUCAUGCCCGAAGAUAUUCUCAAGCAUAAAGUGGCUACAGCGGUUGCUGAGGAUGAACGUCAGCAUAUGGGGGAGCUCCUCAGAAUAAUCGAAGAGAAUGAUACGAGAGAUCAGGAAGAGGCUGAGUCUACUGCCGAGGAGGAGCGGAAAGAGCGUAAGCAGGAUCGUGAGAUUGAAAGGGCGGUUGAUGAAUACAUCGAGGAUUGCGCUGAAGGGAGCGAUUUCUACAAUUUUGAUGAUAAUUCCGAUGACGAGGCGAACUGCAUGGAUGAAGAUGAGAAAUAA